AUUACUAUUUUAAUAUUAUGUACUAUGUAGGUAGUACGUGCCGUAGUGCGUACGUGCAGUUUGUGUUCGUGGUUCGUCCGUGAUCCGUCUCUAGUCGCGAUAUUCGUGUGUUUUUCAUUCGAUCGGGUCUGUGUGUCAACGUGUGUACGAAGUACGAACUACGAUCUCGCACUUCGCCCGUGUGCUUGUGUGUAUCCGUCUCUCUUUGAUUGCGCGCGCUCUUGUGCGUGUGUUAAAAGAAAUUUGGUAGUGCGUGAAUCGGUGGUUUUUAGUUUUUAUUUUCCGUUUCCGGGUGGUAAUCAUUUAUAGUACCAUAAAAAGAGUUCGUCCGUCGUCAGAUCUUCCGAGUUCCGGUGUGUGAGCGGUAUUUCUCUUGCGGAUCUACACCUGCGCGGCCAUCAUCUCGAUCUAAGUGCAUAGCUACGAACAUCAAUUGUGAACUGACACGAAAUUAUCAAUAGCCACUACACAAUCGAGUAAAAAUAAAACGCACUAAGUUCAAUCAUUCACACCAUCAUGUGAGAAUAUGUCCUUGUAAUGGGACGAAAUCGAAACAGAAGAGCCAGCCACAGUGUUCAAAAUACCAAUGUACCAAUGUCCCAGCGCAGUGACUAUGUUGAUCUAUGUCGCAACAUUAUACGCGACAUGGAUCUGUAUGGAGUGUGUGUGUUAGAUAACUUCCUAGGUUAUCAACGUGGUAUGACUGUACUUGAUGAAGUUUUGAAUUUAUAUAACAUGGGAGUGUUCAAGGAUGGUCAAUUGGUUCGAAAUAAAGCAAGUAAUAAUCUCAAAACUAUAAGAGGUGAUCAGAUCAUUUGGGUUGAUGGUCGUGAAGAUUGUUGCAAACAAAUUGGACAGCUUAUAAGUGAUGUUGAUGCCGUAGUUAUGGGAUCAAACAAAAUGAAUGACAAUGGUAAACUUGGAAACUAUACCAUUAAUGGCAGGACCAAAGCUAUGGUCGCUUGUUAUCCAGGACAUGGAUCUCAUUAUGUGAAGCAUGUAGAUAAUCCAAACAAAGAUGGCCGAUGCAUUACUGCGAUAUACUAUUUAAAUAAAGACUGGGAUAUUAAAGAAAAUGGUGGCUUGCUAAGAAUAUUUCCGGAAGGUUGGAGUGAUCAAGUAGCUGAUAUAGAACCAUUAUUUGAUCGUAUAUUAUUCUUUUGGUCUGACCGAAGAAAUCCUCAUGAAGUUCAACCAGCUUUUAAAACUAGGUAUGCAAUUACUCUUUGGUAUUUCGAUGGUAAUGAGAAAGAAGAAGCUGGAAGAAGAUUUCAAGAUGCAAGCGACUUAAAUAGUAUGCAAGUUCCACAGUUGUGAAAAUAUCACGAGUAAUAUUUCAUUGACUAGUAAAUUGGACUCUUGAAUUCUGUACUGAUCUUAAAUAAGAAUUUGCGUUACUCAAAGUGGUGAUCUGUAUACUGAUCAACUCAGUAA